UUGUUUGGGUCAGGUGUAAAUGUCACACCAGCGACGAGCACCACCAUCGUCCAUCAUCAUAAUUUCAACUGUUCCCAGUUCUCAGUGUUUUAACUUCGUGAUUUUCUUGAACAGUACGAACAAUGAGUCAAAAUCAACAACAGCCCUCUGAAAAAAUGACUGAAGAUCAACCAGAAUUAACCUUGGGUCAACCCCUUUCUGAUUUUCUCAUGCAAUUAGAAGAUUAUCAUCCAACUAUUCCCGAUGCUGUUACUGGGCAUAUCAUGAGAACUAGUGGUUUUGAACCUAAAGAUCCAAGGCUUCUAAGAUUGGUGUCUAUUGCAGCCCAAAAAUUCAUUUCAGAUAUUGCUAAUGAUGCUUUCCAUCACUGCAAAAUGCGAACCAGUAAUAACUCCAGUAGCUCCUCUAAGAAUUCUAAAAGUUCUAAAGAUCGUCGAUAUUGUCUGACUAUGGAAGAUUUGACACCUGCUCUUGCUGAAUUUGGAAUAACUGUUAGAAAACCACAAUAUUAUGUAUAACAUUUCCAGCUAAGUAUACAUAUAUGUGGAUGAAAACCCAUUAUUAAAUGUUAUAAAUUAGAUUACUAUUAAAACUUAUCUGUAGAAUGUGAUGUGUAUGUUUUAAAAUUGAUAUCAUCGGAGAAAAUAUAUGGUAAAAUAGG